AGGUUCGCUAUACCAAGUUCGCUAUCGCUGUGCGAUGUUCAAACAUUUAGUAUACCUUUAUGUAAUUAAACGUUCACAAAAUGUUUUAACUGACUGAUAAUAAGGCUAGGCAGUUGCUCAGUUUAAGUGCGAAACAAAAAUGGGAAAGUUGCAUCAAGCUCAAACAAGCAUAGCAUGUUCCCUCGGGAAUAUGCUGACUGGCCUUUUAUAUGUAUGGCCGUCAUACACGCUACAAUUGUACACUGACAAGAAUACAACGCUAUUGUCUUCACCAAUGACUGACUUAGAGAGCUCCUUGGUGGGAAGCUUGCCUUCGUUAGGAGCUAUGGCGGGAACGGCGAUUAUUGGUUGGAUUUUAAGUGUGUUUGGAAGACAGAAAGGUGGACUUAUAAUAGCUUUGCCGCUUAUGAUAUCAUGGUUAAUGAUAGACAUGACAAGUUCGUCCACCCUCAUACUUAUUGCUAGGUUCAUUGGUGGUACAUCUGGGGGUGCGUUUAUGGUUCACUCACCGAUCUAUGUAUCUGAAGUUGCUGAAGAAUCUAUAAGAGGGACCUUAGCAUCAGCACCCAUCACAUGCUACUGUCUUGGAGUUCUCCUUUCAUACAUCCUGGGAUGGUUCUUCACUUACAGGUAUAUUAUCUGGGCGAAUAUAAUUUGCUGUCUGAUCUACGUGGGCCUUAUGAUGACUGUUACGGAGAGUCCUGUAUUCUUAAUGAGACAGAAGAGAGAAGAGGAUGCUCGUAUGGCUAUCGCUCAUUAUAGAGGAGCUUCACUUUCCUCAAAAAUUGUGAUGGAAGAGUUUUCGAGAUUAAAACAACAGAUAACGCCUGCCGUGGAACUAAUAGCAGUUGAUUCUGAUUCUAAAGCAGAUGAAGCUGAAAAAGAAAAACUGAAUAACAGCAACGAUGAUUCGGAGGAGAAGCCAAAAAUGUCAUCAUUUAAAGUGUUGUUUAUUUCUCCAUCAUCUCGACGUGCUUUCACUGUAGUUGGUCUAACGCUAUCUCUGCAAGUAAUGAUGGGUAUGGUAGCGGUACAGGUGUACGCCAAGGACAUAUUCGCGAAUGCUGCUCCCAGUCUUUCCUCACAUUUCUGCUCUGUGAUGUUUGCGCUGGUCCUACUCUCUGGAAGUCUUUUAAGCGCUUUGUUUUCUGACAAGUUUGGAAGACGGGUCCUUCUCGUUACCUCUUCAAUUGCUGUGGGGCUGUGUCUGUCAGGAAUGGGUGUCUUUAUUCAGACCAGCAUACUGCCUCCAUGGGUGACAGCCGUGCUCAUAUUGCUGUACUGUUUCGCUUUCAUGUUUGGCUCUGGGAGUGUACCAUACGUGUUGCUAACGGAGGCUUUUAUACCAGAGGUACAAAGCCUCGCUUCAAUGCUGCUAAUGGAAUGGGUGUGGCUACUCAACUUCUUCAUCGUGGGUGUCUUCCCCUACAUGAUUAAAUUCUUCGGAGUUCACGGAUCUUUUUAUAGCUUCGCUUGUUUCGCCAUCAUAGAUACAAUUAUUGGUCUAUUUCUCGUGCCAGAAACCAAGAGCCUUACCAAUGAACAAAUACAGGAAGCGUUUUUGAGGCGACGGAAAUGAAUUUAAUGACAUUCAAAUUAUGGCUGAGUUUAAAAAUAGGCAAAGACAAAACAGUUGAUUAUAUUACUCUCCUCUGUUUGUCGACCGUCGAUUUUCGACCGAUUUUCUUUGCUUUUUUGUUUGGUAGAAAUUCGAGAGUUUAAGUGAUAUUAAUAAAAAAAAUUAGAAAUAAGAUUAGAAAAUUAUAGAUACAUACAAAAUACAUGUUCGCUUAUUGGUUGAAUUUUGACCAAUGAGCGAACAUUAGUUAUAGUAUACUUAUAUAUAUGUAUACUUUAUAAUAUACGUCUUACUUAUAAAUGUUGAUUAGCUACUGUUUAGUUAAAAACUGAUUUCUCUCUUUCUGUCAUAAUUGAUUUGACAUUUGAAAGAAGAAGACAGAGCAUUGUUUAACCAAUCACUAACAAACUUUUAUAAGUAAGGCCGUAAAUGUUUAUCAUUUAUACAAUACUAAUAUGUCAUUAUUUUUUAAAUAAUUUAGUAUUACAAAGGUUGCUUUGAAGAUAUAUUUUAUCGGGAUAAGUUCGAUUUCGUACACUUUAAUCCUCUUGUAUAAUUGUUACUAUUUGUAUUAUUAUUCGUAUACAAAAAAGAGAUUUACGACAAUGAAAUAAAAUCAUCAGUAAUUCUGCAUCUUCAUAUGAAUACUUUAUAUUGUGUUCGGGUUGGACGAGUGAGCCAUGAAACAGGCACAAGGAAUUUCAAUUCAUAUAUCCUUUAUAGGGGCGUAUUCAACUACUAAGCCUCAAAGGUUUAAGGGCUCUUUCGUAAUCUUUGCUUUACGAUGUCGACAAUACACACAAUGAUAUUAACGGUGAUUUAUGUGUAAUGGAAACAGCGCCAUCUAGUGACAAUAAUCAGAAUUUUAUAGAUGGUUAACGUCGGAUGCAACAUCUCAUUGCAAGUAUUGUGAUAGAGCCCCAUGGGAAGACAUACUUCUCAGUGUCUUUACCACUUACUACUAAAGAGCCAGUUUUUUUAUUAGACUUUCUUAGUUAUUAAUAAAUAAUAUAUAUAUAGUUUUUAGCAUUGUGUUCUUUAAUGAUAAGACAAUUUGCCAAAUUUAUUUUAAUUUUAUUGAAUAUUAUGCCGGUCUGUUAGUGUUAAUAUCUAAGUCAU